AUCUGUUAUUUGUUAUUUAUUGUUGCAUUGUAUCAAUAAUAUUUUUGUGAAAAUUAAAUAGUUAGUAAACUUAACUAAGACGUUAGUACGAUUUAGUAUAUACCUUAUUAAUUGCAAUCGGUGCACGCACCAUCAGCACAAUCGCCCAAAUGGUAGAAGAUUCCAGUUUGAAUUCUAACAAAUCUAAGACUAAGACUGCACGCCCCAAAGCAGUUUAUCUUUGGACAGAGGCUGAUGUUCAAAAAUGGUUGCGAAGGCAUUGCAGUGACUAUUACAACUUAUACUGGGAAAAAUUCCAUGAGCAUGAUAUAACAGGGCGUGCAUUAGUCCGUAUAAAUGACAACACACUUCUAAGAAUGGGCAUCACAAACCAAGACCAUCGGGAAGCCAUCUGGAGGGAGAUCCUCAAGCUGAGACUGAAAACUGACAUUGUAGAGAUCAGGGACCUGGAGAGGCGGCACAAUUACUUUAAUUAUAACCUCUAAUAUGAUAUAUGGAUAAGGGUGCAUUUAAGUUUUGAAUAUUAAAGUUUGUGAUACAGAAAUAAGUUGUGACU